CUCCUUGCUUUUUUCUUUGCAGAUGUUGCCACUGAGUACCGUACGAGGUCCAUUACCUGAUGCGGUCAAUGUCAUAUAGCGGCUAAGGACACUUAAUGAUGCAUGGGAUUCUGCAGAUUUUUAGCACAUUUGGACAUCACCAGAAGUACCAGUCCUCCAGUACGGAACCUAUCUCCUCCGUGUUUGCCAAUCGCCACCCUACCACAACCUGCGCGAAGAACUAAGACUGGGAGGUGGAGGCGAGGACACACCCGCAUACUGUAGCUCUCCAACACCGGUGCACGCGUGGUGAUGCUGCAGACAACAGGAUUAUCUGAUUAACGGUGCAGAGUAGGACAUAUAUUUUUCUUCUUCUCGGGAAAUAAAACACACCGCUGGCCGCUGGCAAUUUACCCCAUUAUAUCAGGUGACAAAUGGGAACAGCAACUAACACCCAGUUUUGAACAAGGUGACUGCUGACGGAUCAAUCCAUGAGGUGACAUCCUGUGAGAUCCUGUGGCCGCCCGGUCUUUACGGCAUUGAAUCCCCUCCCUCUCCUCCGUCCCCCUCCCAGCAGUUUCCUGGCUGAAAAGCGCAGGCUCCCUGCUCCCCCAGCAGAAUGACUGUAGCCACUGGCGACCCCUCUGACGAGGCGGCAGCGCAUCCGGGGAACCCGGCCGAGUACGACCCUGACGCUGACCACGAGUGCUGCGAGAGAGUGGUCAUCAACAUCUCUGGGCUGCGUUUUGAGACUCAGCUUAAAACCCUCUCCCAGUUCCCCGACACUCUGCUGGGGGACCCCAAAAAGAGGAUGCGCUACUUCGACCCACUGAGGAACGAGUAUUUCUUCGACCGGAGCCGCACCAGCUUUGAUGCCAUUCUCUAUUUUUACCAGUCAGGGGGGAGGCUACGGCGGCCGGCCAAUGUGACCCUUGAUAUUUUCUCAGAGGAGAUCCGUUUCUAUGAGUUGGGGGAUGAGGCCAUUGAGCUCUUCAGAGAGGAUGAGGGUUUCGUCAAGGAGGAAGAGAGGCCACUUCCUGACAAUGAGUUUCAGAGGCAAGUGUGGCUGCUCUUUGAGUACCCAGAGAGCUCAGGUCCCGCUAGGAUUAUCGCUAUCAUCUCCGUCAUGGUCAUCCUCAUCUCUAUCGUAAGCUUCUGCCUGGAAACCCUGCCCAUCUUCCGCAAUGACGACGACGAACCGCACAGUGUCUUUGACACCAAUACCAACACCACAAUCUACUUCACGUCCACCUACUUCACCGACCCAUUCUUCAUCCUGGAGACGCUCUGCAUCAUCUGGUUCUCCUUUGAGUUCCUGGUGCGCUUGUUCGCCUGCCCCAGCAAAUCGGGCUUUUUUGGUAACGUCAUGAACAUCAUUGACGUUGUUGCUAUCAUCCCUUACUUCAUCACCCUGGCCACAGAGCUGGCUGAGAAACCAGAGGAUGGCCAGGCGGGUCAGCAAGCCAUGUCCCUGGCGAUUCUCAGGGUCAUCCGUCUAGUGCGAGUCUUCCGAAUUUUCAAGCUCUCGCGACACUCCAAGGGGCUUCAGAUCCUGGGCCAAACCCUGAAAGCUAGUAUGAGGGAGCUCGGUCUGCUGAUCUUCUUCCUCUUUAUUGGAGUCAUACUCUUCUCCAGUGCUGUCUACUUUGCGGAAGCUGAUGAGCCCGAAUCGCAAUUUGAAAGCAUCCCAGACGCCUUCUGGUGGGCUGUUGUCUCUAUGACGACAGUAGGGUAUGGUGACAUGGUCCCGACCACCAUUGGUGGCAAGAUUGUGGGCUCCCUCUGUGCCAUUGCAGGUGUGCUGACAAUUGCCUUGCCCGUGCCUGUCAUUGUUUCCAACUUCAACUACUUCUACCACCGUGAGACAGAGGGCGAGGAGCAGGCCCAGUGCCUAGGCCCAGUCACCAAAGAGGACUCGAAUGAAGAGCUGAAAAAGAGCCGGAGCGGCUCAACCAUCAGUAAAUCAGACUACAUGGAGAUCCAGGAAGGGGUGAACAACACUAUUGAGGACAUCCCUGAAGAGAACCUCAAGACUCAGGCCAACUGCACGACGCUGGCCAACACAAACUAUGUCAACAUCACCAAAAUGCUCACAGACGUGUAGCCAGCCGGCAGGCAUUGUCCUCUCGGUGAGGUUGAGGGGUCAAAGGAUAGGACAGGUGUGUAGCCUCCUUUUUCACAUGUGCUGCUGGAAUAUCAAGGCAAUAGAUUCAGGACGUAUACCUGUAGUCGUCUUUUGUGAGUGGUGAGAAACACCAGAGACCAUGUGCUCACUCCUCCCCUAACUCCCCCUGUUAGCUCGUCACACCUUGCCCUCAAACUGACCUUCUGUCAGAUUUAAAAUCUUAUAAUCCACAUUUUGCUUGUUGAUGUCUGCAUGGAGUUGGCUUUGUCAGUGUGACUUUUUCAAAUAACCUGUUCACAACAGUAGUACAAAAAGAGGAGAAAUGUAGUUAAAAAAAGGGGAAUUUAUAGUUUCCAGAAUAACCACACCACCAACACUGCUUCAGCCCCCCUGUGCCGGCCCCUACCCUGGUCUCCCUUCAUUGCUAAAGGCACACUGCGCUUCUGAAGAGUCUUGUUUGCGUGUUACGAUAUGCUGCUUCCUGGAGCAAGCGAAACAAACCCGUUCUGUGGUGAACUACUUGGAGAUUACAGAACAUGUGAGCAUUAAGCAGGCAUGCUGCGCUGCUGAGGCCUGUCAUGACCUGAGUCUGAGGAGUGUGAUACUGUAGUAGCAAUCCGCACGAUUUACGGGAUAUCAGCUCCAUAAGCUUAUGAUGGUUUGACUUAUUUUCUUCAGUAGACAUCAGUAUCUGAUGAAUGACUGAGAAUGUCCUUGACUUUUCACUGCUUUAGUCUUACAUGAUGUAUGUGUUUACUGUACAUUGCAAUGCAAGCAUCCCUCCUCCACUCACCUGCAUCAGUCUGAACCAGUCUUACUGCAGCUUUGAGGACAAAGUGAAUGUCUCUUCCUCUUUCAUAAAAAAAAGUGUACUCAUUUACAUACAGAUAGGUAAGUAGUUGUGACUGUAACCGAUACUGUAGCUAGAUACGGUAGGUAAUGUAGGUAGUAACUGUAGCCAGUUGAUUGUUGCAUGGAGUUCUUAACUGAAUGAGUGUUCUCACUCACACAACUAUCAUUGCUCCAAAGACACAGUUUAUUGUCUUGCUCUCUAUAACCAUCUAUCAUACAUGUGCAGGGGUGACUAUAAAGUGGGUAUCAUACAUGUAAGUAUUCACCCCCCAUGGAUUUGCUCACGUUUUGUUGCCUUACAAAGUGGGAUUGAAAUAGAAUUCAUUGUGAUUUUUUUUAGCCAAUGAUCUACAUAAAAUACUCCAGAAUGUCAGAGUAAAAAAAAAACAUUUAAACACAAUUUGACAAAGUAUUCACUCCUUUUGUUUACUCAAGCCUAAAUGAGUUCAGGAGUAAAAUGUGUCUUAACAAAUCACAUAAUCAUUGACAUGGACUCGCUCUGUGUGAAAUUAUAGGGGUUGACAUGACAUUUGAAUAACUACCCCUUCCUCUGUCCCCCAUAUAUACAACAUCUGUAACUUCCCUCAGUCAAGUAUUGAUCCUCAAGCACAGAUUCAACUACAAAGACCAGGGAGAUUUUCAGAAGCCUCAUGAAGAAGGACAGGGAUUGGUAGAUGGGUAACAAUAACAAAGUAGACAUUGAAUAUCUCUGUAAGCAUGGUCAAGUGAAUAAUUCUGCUGUUAGAUUAGGUAUUCAAUCACCUAGACACGUCAAACAUACAGUCGUCCUUCUAGACUGAGCUGCAGGGCAGGAAGGAAACUGCUCAGGGAUGUCACCCUGAUGCCAUUGGUGAUUUUUUAAAACGGCUACGGAGUUCAAUGGCUGUGAUGGGAGAGAACUGAUCAACAACAUUGUAGUGACUGCACAAAAAUGACUUAAAAAGAAGAAUCCACAUUUUCAGAAUAUAAAUAUUCCAAAACAUGCAUCAUGUAUGCAACAAGGCACUACAUUAAUACAGAAAGAAAACAUGUUUGGGGAAAAUGCAACAGAACACAUCACUGGCUGCAUCAUGGUAUGGGUAUGCUUGAAAUAGGCAAAGACUGCUGAGUUUUUCAGGAUAAAAAGAAAUGGGAUGAAGCUAAUCACUGGCAAAAUCCUAGAGAAAAACCUGCUUCAGUCUGCUUUACACCAGACAAUGGGAGAUUAAUUCACCUUUCAGCAGGACAAUAAACAACAACACAAGUGCAAAUCUUACACUGGAGUUGCUUACCAAGAAGACAGUGAAUGUUCUUAGUGGCCAAGUUACAGUUCUGACUUAAAUCUGCUCGAAAAUCUAUGGCAGUACUUGAAAAUUGCAGUCUAGCCAUGAUCCCCCACACCUUGACAAAGCUUGAAUGAUUUUGAAAAUAAUAAUGGACAAAUGUUGCACAAUCCAGGUGUACAAAGCUCCCAGAGACUUACCUAGAAAGACAUGUUUAUAACAUGUGUUGACUCGGGGUGAAUACUUGUCUAAUCAAAGUACUGUAUAUUAGUGCUUUAUUUUUCAUUCAUCUUUAAAACAUUUUGGAACUUUUCUUCCACUUUGACUUUACAGAGUAUUUUGUGUCGAUCGUUGACGCAAAAAAAAAUAAAAGAAAUUACUUCUAUUUUAUUCCCACUUUGUAACACAAUCAAAUGUGAAGAAAUCCAAGGGUGUAAAUACUUAUGAUAGGCACUGUAGGUUAUUAUCUAACAAGCUACAAGGGUGUCUAAAAGGUUACCAUGCCCCAAACCGUCCCUAUAGUUUGGAGGAUAUUGUGUUCCUGACGUUUGCCCCAGCCACACCGCUGAGCUGAAAACAUAGAGGUGUUUAUAUACCGCAGUCAUUGCAGCUGAGCUUAAAUUUGAGGCAAAAUGCAUUAGUUAAUUACUUACAGUACUCAUGCAGUUUAGUUGCAGCAUUAAUCUCAGUUACAGACAGACUUGUGUGGCCUCGCCUCACGGCUGUCUUGUACAACUGUGUCCAUCGUGUCUUCACGAUGAGCUAUUGGCACAGCUAAUGGGACAUGUAAAAAAUUAUGCUUCCUCCCUAAACUGCGGUCAAUACAAGAAGGCUAACUGAAUGCUAACUCUCCUAGUGUUGCAUGACCUCAAUACAUUCACAGAAGCAUGUAUUUAAGUUCAAGGAAACCUGUGAAAAAGCCUAUGAAAACUAUUUAAUAGGAUACCUAUAUUUAUCUCAAUAUAUACUUACGUACUUUUAAAUGUGAUAACAAAGCAAUCUGGAACGUAUAAGAAGGGGAAUUGACAUUCAGCUGACGAUUUAGAGAUGAGGAUGACCAUGACGGAGAUGAUAGCGUUAAUCCGAUAAUCCUUGAAGAUAUGCAGAUCGUUGCUAUGUUUGUUUUAUGAUAUGAACAAUGACACUUGUUUAUUUUCGAGCACUGUUGGGGUAGCCCCAUUUCAGGGACUGUCUGUUGGACAGAGUGCCAAAGACAUGCAUGCGCCUAAUACCCUAGCCAUUUGGCAGGACAAAUGGAGGUACAGUAGUAUAUCUGUGGUAGAUGCAUCCCUCAAUCCCAAAAUAUGAGCGCUAUCUAAAUUCUUUCCUCGUACUCGAAGGAGAGAUGGUUUAUAUAUUGCCAACAGCUGAAGUAUGUAGCUGUGCAGCAACUCUUAACUACACAGUUCUUAGGUCUCUCAUGACAUUGCUGAGUCUGCUGCCUUUCCACAUCUUUUUCAUAGUGGUCUUUAGGGCACAUGAGAGUAAUAGCUGAGCAGGGGAUGUUUCGCCAGUGCAAAUUACAUGGUAAAUGGAUUCAGUCUUAUUUACCCUUUGGUAAAUAUUGGUUUGAUUCUUAAUGUCUAAGGUGUUUCUAAUGUGUCUGAUCUGGCGGUGGGGAUGAGAAAGACCCGUUUACGUUUUUAGGCCUAAAUAUCUACUACCAUUGCCGCAGUUUGUACUCAGGGUGCCUCGCUAGAUAGACAGAAGUGAGGUUCUUAUCUCCUGGUCCCUCCCUCUGCCCUUACCAUGUUCAUUUCCUGUCUUGUGUCUUCAAUUGAAAUGAAACAUGUUGGAAAGGAACUUGACUCUGACAAUAAUCUGGGUCUGGAACCCUGCUUGUUGAUGCUUCCAUUUACAUUAUAACAACAUUAUGUUAUUGUGUUCUUACUGUAACACACUUCCCCUCUAAUGCACCACCUUGUCCACAACACACAUCCUAUACAUUAACUGUACAUGAUGUGACUAUGUAGGUACACAAUUAUGUGGUGUUUAUUUGUGUGUGUGUGUGUGUGUGUGUGUGUGUGUGUGUGUGUGUGUGUGUGUGUGUGUGUGUGUGUGUGUGUGUGUGUGUGUGUGUGUGUGUGUGUGUGUGUGUGUGUGUGUGUGUGUGUGUGUGUGUGUGUGUGUGUGUGUAGAGCCCACCUCUGAAUGUCAGUGUCUUGGUUGUACUGCUGCAUUAAAGUGACAGUGUGCAACCAUUCAUGCAUGUGUGCAUACCAUUUUAAUUAUGACCAAAAAUGACCAAAUUGUCAAUGCAUGCAAAUGCAUUGUAUGUUUUUGUAUUAUUUUUCUAUUUAUUUAUUUUUUCACGCACACUGUCAAAUUUAGCAACAUAUGGAAAUAGAAGCACUGUUGUUGAGUGUCAAUGAUUUGCUUUUUAGAUGCUCUAAGCACAAGCACAAAUGGAGUAUACCCAUUUGUAUCACUGGCCUUUUCAGAUUUACUAUGUAUGUCAAAUGUUUAUUUGCAAAAUGGAGUGUCGCAAAAUUGAAAAUGUAUAUUUUGCUUUAUAGUAAGCAUCUCUAUACCAUUUUAACUCAAAGUGUACAGAGGGUUCCACCAGCAAAAUCACAGUCAGAAGGAUUCAGAAAAUGCACUGCAAAGUCUACCCAGAGAAGCACUCUAGAUUGGAAAUAUAGACACACAUAGGCCAAGGUGUAGAAUGGAAGGUGAACUCACAAUGUGAUUCAAUGGAAGGUGACCUCACAAUGCAGUUCAAUGGAAUGUGACCUCACAAUGCAGUUCAAUGGAAGGUGACCUCACAAUGCAGUUCAAUGGAAGAUGAACUCACAAUGCAGUUCAGUGGAAGGUGACAUCACAAUGCGAUUCAAACAGAGUUUCUGCUGUGAGAAUUUUUUUCUCCAGAUUCUGAGAAAUUACAGGCCUCAAUUGAUUCAAUAAAUAAGAAUACAGGAAAACUGCACUGCAGGUUCAAAAAUGCUAUGCUCUAUUGGAGGCCUUAAGUAACUGGGUUAACGGUGAAUACUCCCGCAAGCUGUACCUCUCACCAACAUUGUCAUCGAAUAUGAGUGUGAAACUUUCCUGAGUGAAACCGCAGUGUGAUUUUCCUUCUAUCUGUAAUUGUUUGAAUUUGGGACACAGUGAAAGCCUUGUAUUGCACCGUAUGCUUUCCAUCACCAAAAAAGUAAACGUGCAAGUAUCUAAACAAGUAGUAGCUAUACAAUUGACUGUAUAUGCAUGUGUUUUAGAACAAGAGAGUGUGUUUCUGUGGUCUCAAAGUGAAUGGUACUGUGGCAACACUGUUACAGUAUAGCUGUUUCACCUUCAACCCUCCCACACAUCAUGGUGGCCUGACUACUACUAUCUGCUUUGGUACAAAGGACAAUGUUUUUUUUUUUUUAUGAAAAGAAAUGUAUGGAAAUACUGUGCAUAACAAUAUUGGAUUAAGAAGACAAAAACAACAGUACUAUAAUGCUAUGCGAAGUCUGGAUUUAAAGUAGUAUGAACUGCAUUUUACAGGAACAAAAAGACAAUCUGCAGACAAGAAAAAUGCGUCAAACUAAAAUGCAUAUAAUCCUUCCAAAUGAUCAUAACCAUGAUAACAAAGUAAUAUCAAUAAUGAAGACAAUAAUAAUUCAACCAAACUGUGUUUUGUGUGUUUUUAAGGUGUGAGAUUACUUUUUGGUGGACUAGCUAUAUUUUGUUUUUGUUUUUUUAUGCCAGUGUCCUUGUGCAAUUUCAACAUGAAUUGUUGUAUUUGAUUCAUUGCACCAUAAUUAGCACAAUUUCAUUUGCAGUCUUUGGCUACAUGAUCAAACAAUAACACAGUGUCAAAGAGAUCUAAUGAACCUCAAA